AUGCGUGAAGUUAUUAGUGUCAACGUCGGUCAAGCCGGUUGUCAAAUCGCAAACUCUUGCUGGGAGCUCUACUGUCUCGAGCAUGGUAUUCAGCCCGAUGGAUACUUGACCGAGGAACGUAAAGCCGCCGACCCCGACCAAGGCUUCAGCACCUUCUUCUCCGAAACCGGUCAAGGAAAAUACGUCCCACGUGCGAUCUACUGUGAUCUCGAGCCAAAUGUCGUCGAUGAGGUCCGUACCGGUACAUACCGCAACUUGUUCCAUCCGGAACAAAUGAUCACAGGAAAGGAGGAUGCCUCAAACAACUACGCCCGUGGACAUUACACUGUUGGCAAGGAGUUGAUUGAUCAAGUUUUGGACAAGGUUCGCCGGGUUGCCGAUAACUGCUCUGGUCUCCAGGGUUUCCUCGUUUUCCAUUCCUUCGGUGGUGGAACCGGAUCUGGUUUCGGUGCUCUUCUCAUGGAGCGUUUGUCAGUCGAUUUUGGAAAGAAAGUAAAGUUGGAGUUCUGUGUCUAUCCAGCACCACAAACCGCUACCUCCGUCGUCGAACCAUAUAACUCCAUCUUGACCACCCACACUACCCUUGAGCACUCCGAUUGUUCUUUCAUGGUUGACAACGAGGCUAUCUACGACAUUUGCCGAAAGAACCUUGGUCUCGAGAGACCUGAUUACGUCAACUUGAACCGCUUGAUCGCCCAAGUUGUUUCUUCGAUCACCGCCUCCCUCCGCUUCGACGGUUCCCUCAAUGUUGAUCUUAACGAGUUCCAGACCAACUUGGUUCCAUACCCACGUAUCCAUUUCCCUCUCGUUGCCUACUCCCCAGUCGUUUCCGCUGCCAAGGCAUCCCACGAGGCCAACUCCGUUCAAGAAAUCUCCAUGUCCUGCUUCGAGCCAAACAACCAGAUGGUCAAGUGUGACCCACGUAACGGAAAGUACAUGGCUACUUGCUUGUUGUACCGUGGUGAUGUUGUACCAAAUGAUGUUCACGCUGCUGUGGCCACCCUUAAGACUAAGCGUACCAUUCAAUUCGUUGAUUGGUGCCCAACUGGUUUCAAGAUCGGUAUCUGCUUCCAGCCACCUCAAAUGGUUCCUAACGGUGAUUUGGCUAAGGUCAACCGUGCUGUGUGCAUGCUUUCAAACACAACUGCUAUCGCUGAGGCAUGGUCCGCCCUUUCCCACAAAUUCGAUCUCAUGUACUCCAAGCGUGCUUUCGUGCAUUGGUAUGUCGGUGAGGGUAUGGAGGAAGGUGAAUUCUCUGAGGCCCGUGAGGAUCUUGCAGCUUUGGAGCGUGAUUAUGAAGAAGUCGCGACCGAUUCUCUUGAGGGUGAUGAGGGUGCCGAUGCUGAGUACUAA